CGAUCCUCCAAGCAGCAGGCAGGUCUCUGGAGCUCAAGCGUCUUUAAUACAGAGGUGUUGCAAGUCUUCAAGUGACCUUUAACAUUUCGACUGACCUUGACACUAAAGGCUUGAAUACCCCUUUUCGUGCAAAGUAUUCGUGUUAAAGGUUAACUGUUUCGUUCAUCAGCGAUUCUCACCGAGUGAUUUACAUAUAUGGGCAUGAUAAUUUGAAGUUACCCGGACUACGCCAUCCCAGUUUUCUGUGAAACAUGAAGGUGCUAGUAGCUUGGAUGUGCCUUGUUGUAUUGGUCCCCAUGAUCAACGCUUUAGGAAGCCCUCUACCUGGCUCCUGUCGAAUAUGUCAAAGAAGGGGCAUGUGUAAACCUCCCGAUUGCGUGUGUUGCAGUGACAGAAUGCCCUUUCCUAGGAGGAAGACGCCCCAGAUGGUCUAUUUUACCUUUGAUGACGCUGUUGCCAGUCAAAUCAUUCCAUAUUACAAGAAACUGUUUCCUCCAGAUAGGUUCAACCCAAACGGUUGUCCUAUAGCCAUGACAUUGUUUGUGUCAGAUAAAGACACAAUAUAUUCACAAGUAAAAGACUUUUACGACCAUGGAAUGGAGAUUGGUGUUCACAGCGUCACCCACGAUCACCUUACGCCAGAAACGUUUGCUCAGGAAGCUCAAGGCCAAAAGGAUAAGUUAGUUGCUGCUGGAAUACCUGAAAAGUCCAUCACGGGUUGGAGGAGCCCAUUUCUAGAAGUUGAAGGUAAUACCCAGUUUAAGAACCUAACUUAUCUAGGAUUUACAUAUGAUGCAACACUUUCUACAGCACAAACUGAUGGCCGUGGGAGAUCAUUCCCCAUACCCUUUACACUUGAUUAUGGUUGGCCUUUCAGCUGUAGGAUUAAUGAUUGCCCAACCGAGCCUCACAAAGGAUUCUGGGAAGUUCCGGUUGUAGAACUGCGCAUGACUCAUGAUCGACCGUGUGUCUAUGUCGACGCUUGUCCUAUACCAUGGGGCAACCAAUCAGCGGCUUCAGAGUUACUUUGGCAUAAUUUCAAUCGCUACUAUGAAGGGAACCGUGCCCCACUUGGAUUCAACAUGCAUGCUGGCUGGUUUUAUGAUCCAACCAGAUUAAAAGCCAUGGACCAGUUUAUCGAAGCUUUGUCUCAGAAAGAUGAUGUUUACAUUCUUACUAUCAGCCAAGUUAUUGAAUGGCUGAAGAACCCAACUCCGCUUGAUGGUAUUAAGUACUUUGACCCUUGGGGUUGUACCCGAAGUAGAAAAAUAAUAUUUCCAGAAGACAGACAAUUAUGGAAGGAUGUGCAUCAUCAUUCCCACCAUAACAGCGGAGUGUCUCAACCAUGGUUACAACAUCGUGACACUGUUCAGGAACAGCAGCAGGUAGCACCUAAAGAGACUGAUCCAAAACUUCAAGGUACACGAUCAGGCACACAUUCUUCCUCGUGGUGGCAGAACCAUAGCUGGUUGUUUGAACGUAAAGGUCAACCGAGAAAGGAAGUUGAUCAGAAUACUGGUAAUCCUCCUGAAGCCAAAGCUCCUACAGAACCCAAACGUAAUGUUGUAUACACGAUCAAAAAGAAACCAGAGAUGGAUCCAAUGAGUGAUACUCCCAUGGGUGGCAUUGGGCGAAUGAUGGGGUCCAAAAGGUCAACUUCACAAUCAGCUGCCCCUGCACCAAAACCUCGGACAGAGGGACCAAAACCGUCACAGGUUGAGCCAGAUAGCCACUCAUCCAUUUUAUGGACUAUAGGGUCAAAGGUUCCUGAUACAAGAAGAAAGGCUCCUAGUGACAGCAAUACGGGACGACUGAUGAAAGUUCUAUUUGAAGCUGAUUUGCAACAUAGAGAAAUGCCACAACAGAGAUCAACUACAGCAAAACCUCAUGUACCCAAAACAAAGUCACGGUUCCCUACACCACAACAAGCCCUUGCAAGAUCUCUCCCGAGAUCAGACAUCAGAUCAGAUACAAAACUGUUUUCUGUUAAUGAACGCAUGCCUUCAGUUUUUCCUCAGGAGACACCUGUUUCUAUUGUACCUGAAAAUAUGAAGAUUAAUUCAGCAUCAACACAGGAAGUGCCUCAGCAAAUAGAACAAAACAAGCAGGGGGUCAAUUUAGGACCAUCCCAAGAGCCACAAGGCACAGAUUCUGCCAGCUUUAAAGAGAGCCAAAGAGAGAAAUUGGCAAGGCUUAAGCAGCAGCUUGAUGGUUUACAUGCUAAGUUUAUUGAUGCCCCAAAUGCUCCAGGCUCUCAAGUAGCAAAAACAACUCCGACAACAUCCUCACAGACCCAAGUUGAGCCAAAGCGACACAUCCCAUCACAGGGUGAGAGACAUCGUGAUCAGUCGCGGCCCCGACCAUCAAAAACAGGAACAGACUGGCAGGGACGAGACUCUUUGAUCAAUGAUCAGGCACGCCUUGAUAAAGACUAUAGAAUCCUUGAUUUUAUCGAGCCUCAAAUCAACCAAGGCAAUCGACCAUCUCGCAAAAAGCCUUCCGAUAUUCGAGAAUUCAUAUUUGAACCCAUUAAGAGCAAAAAAUCUACACCUGAAAGACGAAUGCCUAAUUUAAGCAGCCGUGACAUCCCAGUGUCAGGCAAACCUCAAGAGCAUAGACCAGAUGUUCAAAUGCUUGACUCUAAUACGAACAUACAAGCAACCAUAGCUCGCCAGACUGUCAAUGAUGAUCCAUGGUCAAAUCCAAGAAUGUCAGAUCAGUCUAGGGACAUUAAUGCUGGAAUCAAUGAGACUCCAAAAUCGACCAUGCCCACAGGAAGGUCACUGGAGGAACUUCCAUUCCUUCCUGAUCAUUUAGUUGAUCACCCACGUCCAGAUGUUACAAAGGCACAGGUUCCUUCUCAAACAACCAGUUCCCUUGACGCUAACAAGAUGACCUUUAGUUUUGGACCAAUGGAACUUGAAACAAAUGCACCUGCUUCUGGUGUUCCUCUUCCACCACAGCAACCUGACACUAGAGUACAGGAACCUUUCCAAAAACACAGUUCUCCCAAUGCUGACAAGAUGAGCUUUAGGUUUGGACCAAUGGAACCUGAAACAAAUGCACCUGCUUCUGGUGUUCCUCUUCCACCACAUCAACCUGACACUAUGAUACAAGAACCCUCUCAAAACCACAGGAACAGCAAUUCUGACAAGAUGAGCUUUAGAUUUAGGCCGACAGAGCCUGAAAUGAACCAAGCAUCUUCUCCUGAUUUCCCACCACAAUCUAGACUUCCGUUCUUACCUGACCAUUUAACUGACAACCCUCUACCCGCCGUAUCACAACCCAAACAACCAGCUCUUCCUGAAAUAGUAUUUAGAUUCGGUAAUCCAAACGUUCACAACAAUGAACCUGCCCCUGUAAAUAUGCCAUCAAGAAAUCUUGAAGAAGAAACUAGACAACGGGAAAAGAUGGACGCUUGGUUUAAACAACAACAGAAAGCAGCACAACCUGAACAUGGCGUUCCUCCGGUAAAUACAGCAACUGCAUCUGCUGGCAGUCCAGUUAGUGAAGGAGAAAGAAUAUUAGACAUGUUGUCCAAAAUGAAAGCUUCAAAUCCGUCGACCAACCAUCAACCAGAUUUACCGCCUGGUAAUUUUGCAACCCAACGUCCAGACACAUUUGAUCCCAAUCUGCAUUUCGGCGAGACCAAUCCACCACAGUUACCACCAACCCAACCUCUGUCAGCUGCAACUUCCCCAGUGGACAGAUUCAUGAAGAUUGGGUCUUUAUCUGAUAUUAACUUCGGCAAACCAAGUACCCUGGGUCAACCUGGUACAUUAGAUACAGACAUAGCUCCAGAACAGUCGGCUGACUUUAACGAUAAACUUUCAGCAUUCUUGUCCUCACAGCGUGCGCCAGGUGCGCCAGUCAGCUCUGAUUCACAACGUCAAGAAAUACUCAGUGUAGAACAACCAAUUGCAGGGCGCCAAUCACACAAUGGACCACUAAGUCCUGGUCCUUUUGUAGAUUCACCAACACUUAUCAACACACCAGCGCUUGAUGAAAUGCCUCCAGUAGACGUUCUUCCUGCUAAUCAAGGGCUUCUUCCCAGUGUUCCCUACAACCCUCCAGUCACUGUUCCUCCUCGGUCCUCUGAUUCCUACACAACUGAGCCUCCAUAUGGUGUAUGUCAGCAGGAUAUCAACUGUUUCCUUCCUGACUGCCUUUGCAAAUCUGUCGAAAUUCCAGGUGGCAUCCAUGGAUCACAAACGCCUCAAAUUGUAUACAUCGUCAUGGAUGGAAAUGUGAACACAUACAUGGAACCUAAAAUCAAGUCCAUAUUUGACGGCACUAGAAGGAAUCCUAAUGGAUGUCGUAUUUCAGGAACAAUGUUCUUGUCUCACAAGUACUCCAACUAUACCAUUGUAAAGUCAUUGAGCCGUAUCGGGGUGGAGAUUGGCCUUGCAGGGAUGCAACCAAUAAACAACGAGAAUGUUUCCCUCUUAAAGCAAGAUAUUGACAACCAGUUGCACAAUCUAGCUCAGUAUGGAGUUGAUACAUCUGAAGUCUCUGGCUGGAGCAGUCCUGGUCUGAACCCGAAAGGGGAUAAACAAUUCCGUAUCCUGAACAAAAAGAGAUUCUAUGACUCGACGCUUCUAACCGUUGACUCAGACCAGAAACUCCUUUGGCCUUUCACCCUCGACUUCAGCUGGGGUGAACCAUGUCUUAUUGAAACUUGCCCUAAACAGCCUCACUAUGGCAUGUGGGAGGUCCCAAUCAUUCCACUUAAGCUAGACAAGACCAACGCCACCUGUAAAUAUGCUGAUAGUUGCACGCUUCAGCAGAUGAACGUUCUUGAAACUAAGGAUUACCUUUGGGACAACUUCAAGCGAUAUUACAACAGCAACAAAGCUCCAUUUGGCAUCCGAAUCCAUCAGUUCUGGUUCCACACUCACUUUGCCGACAGUUUACAAGGACUUACAGAGUUCAUGGAUGAGAUACUACAGUUAAACGAUGUGUACAUAACCUCAGUUGCCAAGAUGUUGGACUGGCUUCAACAACCCACCCCUCUUUCUGACCUCCACCUGUUUCCGUUCUGGAUGUGCUGAUGGGGAUAUGCCAAGAACUGUUCGCGUUAGCGGGUGUUGCUGACUGCACUGCACUCGCGCUCCAUCUGUUUUCAUGGGCUAAUUACACCGGUAAAACCUGAACUGAUCACGUGUGGCCAAUAUGGCGGUGAGUCGCAGACGAUUCAGUUGUGAUUGAUGCUUUUCCCCAUGGGACAAACGUCUGUUGAAGGCGUAUGUAGUCUGGAAAGUGCCGCCGUCAAGAUCUGUGAAUUAUCUAUGAACCCUUUUCGAGUAAACUGGCUAUAAAGGAAUCUUA